AUGAACGCUCCCUCGGAGGUAUGCGCCCGGCGAAAAUUGACCGACAUCCCGAGCGGCGAGAUAACCGCCAUCACCUGCCGUCACCCGCUGUCGCCUGACUUCAACUCAUUAAACCACCCCUAUUCGAGUCUCCGACCCAAGCGCCCACUCCCUUCUCGUCGUCGCAGAGGUGAUGAGCUGACGGCGGCCGAGUUGGCUAUGGAUGAAGUCACUGACGAAGACGAAGAUACUCCUGAGAACGCACCCCCUGUCAAAGGAGCAAAAAUUUCUACCGGAGUCAUCCGCGGUACGGUCUCCAACUUGGCUCGGAAAAAUCAAGUCGAUCUCACCAUGAACAGAUGGGCACGCGAGGCAGCAAAUCUCUCCGCAACAUGCUGUUGCGAGGUUGUCAUCUUUGCCGUAUCAAAGCACUUAUCCAACCACUGCUUCCGAACCGACCGAUGUACCCCUGGUGCUUUCAAACCAAACAGCGAGAUAUCGCAAAUGGAUGGUAAUAACCAGUACUCGGCCCGACUCCAGGCACUUGUCACCGGUAACUCAGUAGGUCAGAUUGCUGUCGGGGAGAAGAUUCCGGGCGCAUCCAAAAAAAAUUUGAAACAGAUCCGCUCAGAAUUAUGUACAGAGCUUGCUCAGUUCAUUGCUCGCGAGACAAACAAUAUCAUAACCUCCUGGCCUUGGGCGUCCAAUGAGACGCGGCUGCGAGAAGCGAAGUUCCAACUUGAGCUUGCUCCAGAAGCCCGCUCCGAAAUAGACUGGCUACGGACCGACAACAAGCGAGUCAAGAAGGACCAUCUCUCCAUGCUCCUGCUUGAUCUCAAGAACGGUCACACCAUUCUUCGACGAAUUAUGACUCCGAGCGUGGUGCCAACAUCAUCAGCAUCACAGGCAAACUGUCCGGCCCAACCAUCCUCUUCCGUGAUCAACACCCAAUCCAGCAGCGGUGCCAAUGGAGGCAAUCAUGAUGGGGAUGAUGACUGA